CGCACAUGCCUCUGAGAUUAUAUCUAUUACAUUUUAUCAUUUAUAAAUACUCGAUUUUUCCAUCCUUCCUUCCCAUUUUUCCUCCCAUCUCUUCCUCGUAUUCCACACUUUUCUUCGCUUCCGCUGUUUUCACCUUUCUGUUUCUCUCUCGCUUUGUGAAUAAAAUCCAUCAUUCUAUCAACUCAUCACUUCAAUAUCGUCACCAUGCAACCACAUUCCACAUCUCGACAUAAUUCGUUCUCAGCCUUUGUCAAGCAACUGUUGUAUCUCGUUUCACCGAAUUCAACAAUACAUGAAGAACCUCAAGAUAACACCGUCACCAUCGAAAAACAGAACAGUCCCUUUGAACAAUUGUACUUCUCAUUCCCAGCCAUCGAAGAGUUUGAACCCACCGAACAAUCUAGUUGUGCUCGACUUCAUCGAGAAACCAACUCCUUUGUCACCGAAUCCAACCGCAUUCUGUGUUAAGCCAGCAAUAAGAAAAUCGUUUCAGCACUUCUUUCUAUCGCUCACCUCAACAAAAAGAAGAAGUCUAAUCAUCAAAUGUCCUCAAGCACAUACUCCAUCAUCUCCCGUCGUAUUGCUCCCGCUUAACAUCCUAAUCGCCAAUUUGCUUCUUUCAUCGUACUGCUCUUGUCUUUUCAUCAUUCUCUUCAAUUUUUGUGUAUAUCUCGUUCGGAACCGUUAUUUUUGUGUCAAAAGGUCUUUUUUCUUGGUUUCUGUUUCCAAGCAUAUAGAAGAAUGCCGACAUUCAAUUCUCUAUCUCCUUGUUAAAAUCCACGUCUCACUUUUUUUUUGUAUAUUGCGUAACUUGUUUCUUUUUUUUUCUCCUCUCUUCACUAUUGUAUUUUUGUCUAUUCUUCUCAGUUUUUUGUAUUAAAGUAAUUGGUCCUUUUUUCUUCUUAUUUGUGUGAUCAUGAACUGAUCCUCCUCAUCAAGCCCUGCAUUGAAAAGUCUUAUUGUUGAAGAACCAAAACACUCGUGCUUCAUUGGUUCUCGUAAUAAGACCGAUUUUGAUUAUCAAUGACAGCUAAAGCGAUUAUAGUUUAUUUCACAACAGCCCAUUAAAACAAAGAAAACGAAAAAUGAUUCACGAAAAGAAGAAAAGA